UCUUUCUUCAGCGCCCAACGAUUAAAGCUAACACUAGCAAGCUAACGUUAGCUACCAUAAUAAGGAGACAAAGCUCUGCCUGAAAAGUGACGCUGUCGCUUUAAGAAACUCACGGUGGACGCUGCACGUGGUCGGACCAACAUGGCGGCGCCCUGUUCAGCUUAGGUGGAAGAGAAAUCGACGUUAAACAGGUGCGUGGAGCCCAAAGAGUGAUGGCAGAUCCGAGUGGUGUUGCAGCGUCAGAGGCUACAUCCUCAAAGGAGGAGAAACCUGGAGAUGAUUUCACUCAACUCUCCAAAACCGAGGUCCCCAGCCCUGCUCCUCCAGCUGAAGGCAGCGAGGCCUCCUCAGACACCAACAAGUACCGUUACAUCAAAGAAGACCUCUUCACCUCAGAGAUCUACAAAGUGGAGAUCAGGAACCUGCCCAAGUUCGUCGGAUUCAACGACCUGAAGAAGUUCCUGGCCAAGCACGGCCUGAGCCCGCACAAGAUCAAGCUCUUUGGCAAGCAGACGUUCGCCUUCGUCACUUUCAAGAACGAGGAGGAACGCGACAAGGCCAUGAAGAUGGUGCACGGCAUGCAGUGGAAGGGCCAGGUCCUGAGCGUCAGGCUGGCCAAACCCAAAGCGGACCCCAUCCUGAGGAAAAGGAAGCAAGGGGAGGACGAGGGGCAGCCGGCGUCCAAGAGAGCAGAGAGGGGCGAUGAGGAGGAAGAAGAGCCGCUGAGCGUCCAGAUAGCCAACGCCGUGACUCCUCUGUGGAAAGUGCCUUACGAGGAGCAGCUGAGGAUCAAAGAGCAGGAGGUGGUGGAGGUUCUGCAGAGACUGGCCAAGGAGAUUGGCGGCACCAACAAGGCCAUGUUGCCGUGGCUCUUUGCGCAGAAAGGAAAAUUCAACAAAAUGUGUUGCCCUCUCGAAGCAGUUCGACCUUCUCCAACACAGACGGAGUACAGGAACAAGUGCGAGUUCCUCAUCUCGGUGGGGGCGGACGGCGAGGAUAAGACCAUCGGCUUCCGCCUGGGGAAGUACAAAGGAGGCUCGUGCGCCGUGGUGGGACCGGCGGAGACCUGCCACGUGUCUGCCGAAGCCAAGAGGGUGGUCCACGAGUUCCAGAAGUUUAUCAGGACUACCAAGUACUCUGUGUACAGUCCUGAGACGUACGAAGGCCACUGGAAGCAGCUAACCGUGCGCACUACGAGGACCAAGCAAGCUAUGGCGAUCAUCUUCUUCCACCCGCAGAAACUUGAAGAGGAGGAGCUCAGCGCCCUGAAGGACUCCAUGAAGACGUAUUUUCUCGAAGGAGAGGGUAAAGAGAGCGGCAUUACCUCCCUGCACUUUGUCCGAGAGGGUCAAAGGACGUCUCCCAACCUGGAGGACCUGCCCUGCGAGCUCGUGGCCGGAGAGAGCUGCAUUCACGAGGAGCUGCUCGGCCUGAAGUUCAGGAUAUCCCCGCACUCCUUCUUUCAGGUGAACACAGGGGCUGCCGAGGUGCUGUACUCGGCCGUGGGGGAAUGGGCUCAGCUCGACCAAGACAGCACGGUGUUGGAUGUUUGCUGCGGGACGGGAACCAUCGGCCUCUCGCUCGCUAAAAGAGUUAAAAAGGUGAUCGGCAUCGAGCUCUGUCAGGAAGCGGUGGAAGACGCCAAAAUGAACGCCACGCUUAACGGUCUCAGCAAUGUCGAGUUUCACUGCGGAAAAGCCGAGGACGUGUUCCCCAACAUCCUGAACGCUCUGGUGUCCCCCAACGUCACGGCCAUCGUGGAUCCACCGAGGGCAGGCCUGCACACCAAGGUUGUCCUCGCCAUCAGGAGAGCGGAACACCUGAAGAGGCUGGUGUACGUGGCGUGCAACGCCAAGGCGGCCAUGACCAACUUUAUCGACUUGUGCAGAGCUCCCUCCAACAGAGUUCACGGCGCUCCGUUCCGUCCGGUGCGAGCGAUGGCCGUGGAUCUGUUUCCACAGACCAAGCAUGUGGAGCUGCUUCUCCUGUUUGAAAGAGUGGACUACAACUCCCAGCAGCCUUAGCAUCGCUUGGAAAUGGAUCAGCUGUACUUUAGCGCUUUCUGUUCUUAAAUGUAUGCACACUUAACUAGCAUUUUUUCCCCCUCUCUUUUUUGGUAACAAAACAAAGUCUUGAAAUGUUUUGGUUUGAUACGCAGCAUCUCUGGUGAAGAAGAACUCGCACAAACUGUGUGCAUCAAGAAUAAAGAAAGUUCUCUACCUCUC